AUGCUCCUCAAACGCUUAACAGCGCUGUACCGAGAGUGGGUGUACGUGGUUUACUUUGCCAGCUUACUCCUCUUGGUGUGGGUAGCUCUCACAGUGUUGAGAGUCACACAAACCAUUCCUGUUACACACACCCCAGUGGUACACUUAUGCAACGAGAUAAGUCAUGACUGGCCGCAAGGAUCUGGGUCAGCAAGUCUGUGGAUCAUCGUGUCAUUCGACACCUUCGUCGUGUCUUGUAUUCUAGCCAGAACUCUCCCGUUUCGCCAGCUCAAAGGUGCCAACACGAUUGCACGGACGCUGGCAACGGAUGGGUUGAUGUACUAUAUAGUUGUAUGCAUAAUCAACAUCGCGAACGCGAUCUGCAUCAUGAAAGCUCCCGCUGGUAUCAAGAAUAUCUUCGGACAACUGCAGCUCCACUUCACAGUGACAAUGAUAUCGCGCAUCACGCUCAGCCUCCCCAAGGAGCACCGAAAGCUGACGGGCAUGGGCUCGCGCGCUCCUUCGCGAUGGCAGGAUGCGACGACGAUCCUUCCGCCGAUCCAGUUCACACAGCGUACCGUGCGCACAGUGGCGCGUACUCAGUCUAGCGCGGAGCCACGCGACUGCGUCUCUGGGGAUGGAGAUGUGGAGCUGGUGCCAGUGCGGACGCGUGCGUCACAGGUGUGCUCUAUAGUUGAAGAGGGUGGUGGUGGAUGA